UUUAUGAAUACAAUAUGUUAACAACCACACAUGUGACCGCGGAUAGAUUUUGAUUACCUGUUCUGCAACUGAAUAGCUUGAACAACAGAGAUCGAACCUUUCUGCUUGCUCAAUAUUUUACAAAAUCUUCAUUCUUCUACUUGUUUACGGCCUAUAGUUGCGCGCCAUUUCGUGGAGGUGAACCUUCUCUCCAUAGCAUUCGCAGAGAUAGGCUUCUGUGGCGAGUGGCCCUCCGUAUUUGUUUUGGUUCGUUGCCUGCCGGCGAACUGAUCCGAAUCAUCAUUCUAUAGCUUGCUGCUAACAGCAGCUUACUCAUUCUGCUCAACACAGUUUAUCGAAACAAAAAUUAGAAAUUGUUGAUUGCCGAUUGAAGUUUAUCGAUAAUUAUAGCUGUAAAAUUAAGUUGCGUAUGGUCUAUUUGUCGAUCUGCUUUCGAAAUGAAGGUAACGCUCAGUACGGUGAACGGCGAUGUGUAUGUCCUCGAAGUUCCUGCCGACAUGGAACUCGAAAAUUUCAAGGCACUGGCCGAAUCUGAGGUCGGUAUCCCGGCUAACGAAAUUAUCUUGCUUCACAAUAUGCGGCCUCUUGUAGGAGACAAGCGGCCGCUGUCGGAGCAGGGCGUUUCCGAAGGGGAUAUAUUGCUCGUCAAUAGGGGUGGCACCUCCCAAGCAGCACCCGAACCAGAGUCAAUGGACUUAGGUUCCGUAAAUGUUGCAAAUCCUGCUGAGAUACGUGAUAGGCUUUUGGCGAAUCCUCCGCUGUUGACCGCCUUACGAAACGCCAACCCAUCACUUGCAGAUGCUGCUAUAGCUGGACUUGAACCAUUUACUCAAAUGUUAGACGAAGUAAAAAAAAAGGAAGCUGAACGAGCUCGGAUGCUCUCGGCCGAUCCGUUUGACCCAGAGGCGCAACAACUGAUCGCGGAACAUAUCCGACAACAAAAUAUUAACUCAAACAUGGAGGCUGCCAUGGAAUAUCAUCCUGAAUCGUUUGGUAUUGUCACGAUGCUGUAUAUCAAUUGCCGGGUGAAUGGGCAUCCGGUGAAGGCUUUCGUGGAUUCCGGGGCACAGUCAACCAUCAUCAGUUCGGCUUGCGCUGAACGGUGUGGAAUUAUGCGACUCGUUGAUCCACGCUGGGCAGGCAUUGCCAAAGGCGUUGGAACUCAAAAAAUCAUCGGACGCAUUCACCUUGUGGCGAUUGAGAUCGAGAAGGAUUACCUCAAUACGAGCUUCUCGGUUCUAGAAGAUCAGACAGUAGAUAUGUUGCUAGGCCUCGAUAUGCUCAAACGUCAUCAGUGUGUCAUUGAUUUGAAGCGCGAUUGUCUAGUGAUUGGAACAAGCGGCACUGAGACCCGAUUUCUUCCCGAGUCCGAAUUGCCUACUUGUGCACGUCUUGGCAUGGAACCAAUGAACGAGGGUGCACAAAAAGACAACAUGUCGGCAGGUGCUUUUGGAUCAUCAACAUCAGACGCUUCUACUUCCCAAGCGACGAGCUCCGUCGUAACACCGCGAAAAGAGUUACUAUCUGGCCACCAGGACAGUACCAACGGGGUGUUACACGACGAAAAGGUCGUAAGCGAAAUCUGCGCUAUGGGCUUCAAGCGCGAUGACGUGAUACAAGAGCUCACCGUUGCGAAAGGUGACAAAAACCGAGCAAUUGGUGCGCUCUUCGCGAAGUCGUUCGUCGUUCCGAAAUGAGCAUGCAGCAUAUCAUCACACGCCAUAAUUCACUACAGUGCUACGUUAUAAUACACUAUAAACCUGUAUAUAAUUCAUUUAAGAGUUGAGGAAGACUAUAUGAUGAAAUGUUGCGGUGGUCGAUGAGAUGGUCUAAUUGUGAACACUUCUGACCAAAACACUCUAAGCGAAUUGGAAGAAUACUAUCGCUGGUAGCAACGUGCGGCUGGCGGCAGAAACAAUUUGAAAAAUUCCAAUUCCUCCCAACGCUUAAUGGCGUCCUUAAUCCAUCAACAAACAAAUGAAUGUAUGUGAAACAAGAAAGCAAAUAUGCUCUUUUGUGUGCAUUGAUGGAGUGCAUCGAAUGCUUGAAGAAUGACUGAAUCGCUAGCGUUACUAAGUAUUAAUGAUACUACAUUCGCCAAGGUACGUGAUAUUAGCUGGUCUUGCUCACAGCUCCAUGGGUGCAUCUGUUGUCUCAUAUAUAUCUCAAUGAGUGCUCGCGUCGUCAAAACGGACGUGAUACGCCUAAAGUUAAAGAUGAAAUUAUUUAGGUCCAAAGAACUACGGAAUUGAUUUUUAUUGCACGUAUCACGAAAAAAAUAGUGGCAGCUUACCUAUAAUAGCAUGUUCGCUAUCCGCAACACUAUAAUUACAGAUCGGCCGCUGUCUGGCACGCUCCCUGAUAAUGAAUGAACUAGGUAUAAAUUUAUCACUAGAGAGGUUUUAUGGGGACACCAAAAGUGAGCCGUUCGAAAGUUUGAAAUAUUGAAGGUUGGAUAAAAUAGGAGUAUACAUAAGUACACAAAAUGGUAAUAAGAUAGAGAGGCUGAAUAAAUCAUGACAACAUGGGUAAAAAAGACUAUAUACAUACGGUAACAUUAGUGUUUAAAUGUUAAUUAUAUACGAUAAAUGCGUAGAAGAAAUCAUGGUACCGCUAGAAUGAAAUCGGAAGUUAAUCAACUUAGCUGAUUUCAUUGGUCAGUAUUGCACGGUAAACAUCUUAUAAGAUAAAGAGACAAUACAAAUAUAAUAAUGCAUAUAGAAAUGAUGACAGACUUUGAAACUCGAAAGCGAAGGUGGCCAAACAAAGGUGGGUUGAAAUAUACAUGCUCUUGCUUUGGCAGAGUUUUGGCUCCAAUAUCUUAGUUACUGUUUUAAUCGUCAAUCGUAAGCCUCUAAAUUUUGUGAAUUAUAUGUAUCUAGAUAAAAACUUGGUAUAAAAUGUAAGUGGUUUUUCAUGGAUACGACAGAAUAUGAUCGAACACUAGCAUAUGAACACAAUGAAUGACUGAACCAGGAGAAGAAUAAGCUUGCGAGGAUGAAACAGUUGAUAACUAAGUGAACGUCUGUUCCAUUAGAUGUCGAACUAGAUGAAUAGAGAAAAAUGACUGCGUCUGACUUUAAAAAUAUUGAGUUGUAGUAACCGUAUUCAUAAACGCGAUAUGAAUCAGUCUAUAUUUUAUUAUAUGAAGAAAGUUACAUUAGUUUUGGUAGUUACAGUUGUUCUUAAUUGUGUCUUAAACAUGUUGUGAAAUUUCGUAUGGCAAGUACUUGCAUUCUAUUCGAAUAGGUGCGGUAGUGUUGUGUUGAUUACUGGAAAAUCGUUUUGUGUGAAUUUUCUAUUUUGAUCAGCAAUAAAUAAGGUAGGUUGCGUUAUGUUAUUUCAUGUUAAUGUAGCGUUGAUAUUGGGAAGGAGACAAUGUACCUUGCACAUAUAACCCAGGAAAUGAUUGAAAUUUGUUCAUAAAUGGCGAAGCGGAUGUGGGCGUUAUCGACACGAAGGCGUGCACUCGGGCCGUUCCAGGCACCAAUAGGGCAUCGAAUGCGCCGCGACCUACCACGCACUAAAUCGAAAGCAGCGCCUGUAAAGCGCACCAGGACUCUACUGCAAUUAAUUUAGCUCUUGAGAAAGCACCAGAAACUCCUACAAACCUAACCUUGAAGACCUUUAACGAAUUUUCGCUCAGCGUCGUUUUUGACUUGUCUAGCUAACAAAUGCAAAUGGUGAAAAAAAGCGUGCACAAUGUGACUUGUACUUGAAAAUAGCAAAUAUUGUUUUGGAAUAAUUGAAUGCACACCUUAUUAGUUCUCUAGUGCUUCCCGCAGAUCGUUACCUUAUUCUCUCAGAACCAGAACAGUAUUUUCACUUCAGUACAAAUACCUUAGUAGCCGGUUGACAAGACCUUGUAAUGAAUUGGGCCGUAUCACAAUGUGUACGGCAAGUGCAACGAUUGAAUUAAAAAUAUAUAUUAAAAUACUACACUAUGUUCAGUAUUCCUUUUCUAGAAAGUAUAAAUUUAUACAUUUGCAAUAUAUCACUUUAUCAAUUGAGUACAUAUUCUUUGUAGCAGAAAGCCAUUUUGUCAAUGAUCAAAUGGGCAAGAACAAUAUUUGAUUGCGGACUACAUCAAAUUGAGAAUUUUGGCUUUUACAAUUGUUUUUUAUUCUCUGUAAAAUACUGUGUUUUAUAAUGUAUAAUAUUGGCACCGUGAGUGACACUCCAGCUCUAUGUCGGUUGUUGAGCUCACCUCCCACUAAAGUCGUAUCAAGCGCCGAGCAGGCUUUGAAGAUAUGGACAUUUAUAGUUAUUCAGGUGCUUAGCGCUCUUGCCUUCUAGACGUAAGCGACGCUGUACGACCAGUUUAUUGGAAAGAUUAGUACAACAUUUAAUAAGGGGGACAAAAUUCGGACCAGGUUUUCUUAUAAUGGCUCUCAUUGGUCGUACAAAUAACCGUCCUUGAUGCUAAUGAAGUUAAAAUAGGGUACACUUAGAGGACAUUUUUGUUUUUAACACGUUCAUACAAGCCAAUUGUAACAUUUUAUACGUUUGAAAUAUAUAUUUCAAUUUUGUAUUUAUGUGAUCCCUGUCAUUGAUUUCUUCUGCACAUCAAUUAUUCAAAAUAUGAUUUUGGGACUACUAGCUGAGCUCUCGUACACACAUACAUCGUCAUUAGAAACGUUAGUCUAUAUAGUGCUUUUCAUUUUAUUCGAUUUCCUAUUUUUUGCGAUUUAGUUUCGAAAGGAAUGAAUCGUAAGUCUGUCAAAUUAUAAUAGCCAAGUGCACGGUAUCUCUUU